AUGGCCGGACAUCAUGAAGACGAAGACCAGCCCCUGAUGACCGAAUCCGAGCGACGCGAAGCCAACGUCGGCCCCGACGGCGUCGUCAAUCCGGACCGUCACCCGGACGCGCCUCUUGACGGCGGCGACGGCACUCUCCAAGUUGAGGACGACAGCGACCCGCCCACGCCGCGAUUCGUACAGGAUGAACAUGGAUGGAAGAGAUGGAAAUGGGUUCCUUAUCCUUUGCGCCGAAUGGUUCGCGCCGCCGGCAAGUGGUCAAAGGGCCCUGCAAACCCGCAGCCACAUCGCAUCAAGCCGCUCUUCCCCAUGGUCCAGGAAUACCCAUUGUUCCUCGUCGACAGGCUUCUCCCCACGCUGAAGCAACGCGCCUGGGUGCUGUUUUUCUAUUUUGCCAUUUGGCUCAUUACAUUCGUCCUGGUCAAGAGACAAGGAACCAUGGCGACAGAGGUUGCUGGAUGGGGCCAACCCCAAACCAUCGGAUGCGGCGCGACAUACUGGGGCUCGGGCAACUCGUGCGGUCUUCACGGCAACGAUUGCCGUCCGUUCAGAGGCAGCGGCUUUGCGUUCCGGUGCUCGGCGGGCUGCGCGAGCUAUCAAGUCCUCAACCCGAGGGCCGUUGGCGACCAGGAAGUCAUUUAUCAGCCCUUGAUCGUGGGUGGGCCGUCCAACGACGUUGCGCCCGGCAAUGCUACUUAUCGAGGCGACUCGUACAUCUGCGGCGCUGCCAUCCAUGCCGGUGUCAUUUCCAACGCCAAAGGGGGUUGCGGUGUGGUCAAGCUCGUCGGCGAGGGCCAGGACUAUCUGAGCACGCAGAGAAACGGCCUCACCAGCAUACGGUUCGACUCGUAUUUUCCGCUCUCGUUCUCGUUCCUGCCAGACGUCCAGUGCGAAUCCCAGGACACGAGGUGGCCAUUGCUGGCCAUCUCCGUCGUCUUCACGGCCGUUCUGUCCGUCUUCACGUCGUCUCCAGCCGUGUUCUUCUUUCCGACAUUCGUCGGCGUCUUCUGGACGGUGGGCAUGGCCACCGAUCCGCCGACCAACAGGUCCGUUGCUGCGCUAUUCUCCAACGUCCUGGGCAAGUUCCUGCCAGCAAUGUUCGUCGCCUGGGUCAUGUACGACAGGAUGGGCGUCCGUCGCACGCUCAGAGGCCUGACGGCGCAAAUCGAAAAGACUGUCCUGUGGCUGGGCGCAUGCUGGGUCGGUGCCCUGACCAACUACACCCUCAACUUCAUCCCCAUCCAGCGCCUCAACGCCCACGACCUGAACCAGCAGCCGGGCGCCAAGGCCGCCUUGUCCAUCAUCAUCAUCGCCCUCGCCGUCAUCAUCGCAAGCCAGGUCUGGUUCUUCCGCCAGGAGGCCCGCUUCAUCAAGUACAUCAAGCUCUACGCGCUCUUCCUCCUCGGCAUCCUGCUCUCCCUUGUUCUCCCCGGUCUCAACCUGCGCAUCCACCACUACGUCCUGGCGCUUCUGUUGCUCCCGGGAACGAGCCUGCAGACGCGCCCCUCUCUCCUGUACCAAGGGGUUCUCGUCGGCCUGUUCAUCAACGGCAUAGCCCGCUGGGGCUUCGACCCUGUGCUGCAGACCUCGGCCGCGCUUCAGGGCGACGCCCAAAGGGGAACGCCUCUGCCUGCAGUUCACGCCCCCGUCAUAGAUCUUUCGAAUACAACUACUCUGCCGUCCAAUAUUACAUUUACGUGGGAAAAGUCGGAGUACAUGCAAUUUGACGGCAUUAGCGUUCUCGUCAACGAUGUUGAGCGAUUUAGAUCGUAUUUCCAAGACGUCGACGCCACAGACAAGUUUGUCUGGUCGAGGGACAAGACGUUGGACUUGCCAGAGUAUUUUAGAUUUGCGUUCAUGGAUGGCAGUGACAGCGGGGACUACACCAAGGCCGGCGUCUGGACUGGCGACGGGGAGUGGGUGGACAUGAAGCCGGGGGCGUCAAAGGUCAAGCUCAGGAGCCCGGGGGACGACGUGCUAGGCAGGUGA